CUCAUUAAAACGGCUAAUUGACUUCUUAAAUUCGUUAAUGAUAACGUUCAGAAAUUAAUUUCAAACAAAUAUGUCAGUGACGUUAGUACUUUUAUUUUUUUUAAUUUCUGAUUACGCUGAUUGUGCACGUCCUACGCGUUAUAAUCAUACCAGACCAUCGUCUAAAUAUAAUAAUCCAAAUUUCAUUCGAGACAGAUAUCUCGAUGAAAUAUGGAAGCCCAUGAUGGACGAGACGUGGGUCAACCGUUUCAAUAAGCUAUUCAACCCUACGUGGAUGGAUUAUUGUGACCCAUACCAUUGCAACGAUUACCACAAGAUAGCGUGCGGGUUGAACAGGAAAACGAUGCGUUUCAAAUGGUUCCAGAGCGGAUGUCAUAUUAUAUUACAUAACAAGUGUGCAAACUAUCGAGGAAAUUUGAAAUACGAUAUGGUGGACACAAAUUUCUGUAUGCAAUAUGUCAUGUUUUUACGAAACGGCUGUCCGUCGCAUUGCCCAGACGAUUUGGACCCCGUGUGUGGAGCUAGCAGUAUUGACAAACAUGUUGUACUUUUUAAAAAUAAAUGCUUUUUCGAACGUGCGAACUGUCAAAGUGGCAUUUUAGAAGAGUACGAAAAGGUUGACUUGCGAGUAUGCAGCUACGUUAUAAAUUUGUAAUUAAAUAAAUUAAAUAAUA